AUGAAUUCUUCCAACUUCAUUGCUCCAAUGGAUUAUUUUGAAAGCUUGUCAGAAGGUUGCAAAUUUGAAAUCAUUUCAAAAACAACUUCAACAGAUGCAGUAAGAUCAAUAAUUUUAUCCAAAGGAUUCAAAUUUGUUGCUGAAUUAGAUGAAAUUUGGAGAAGAUUUUUGCCCCGUGAUUAUCAAGAAAUAAUUGAUAGAUCUGAGUUUCCUCUUGUUUGCAACACCAAAAAGGAGCUCUUUUUCCGUUUGUGUGAUUCUCCCAUUCUCCUUGAUGGAGGCAAACUGCAUAGUGGGAAGAAGUGUUUUAUGAUAGCACCGAGAGAGCUCAUAAUUUUAGAUAGUGAUGAUGAAUUCUCUUGGCAAUGGGGUGCACGCCGCGAUUCCAGAUUCUCUGAAGUGGCAUAUCUUAUCAUUGGGAAUCAAUUGGAUAUUUGUGGAACAAUAGGCACAGAAAUGUUGUCACCAAAGACAAAAUAUAAUGCUUAUUUGGUGUUCAAGUUGGUAAAUAUGUGUGAUUAUAGACUUGAAUAUGCUAAAUCAAGUAUUAGGUUUGUUAAUUAUGAGAGUGAAACUGAUACUGAAAAUCAGGACAACAUUGUGCACCUUCCAAGAUUGCAAGAAAGUGGGAAUAUCCCAAAAAUGAGAGGAGAUGGAUGGAUGGAAGUAAAAUUGGGAUAUUUUGAUAGCAAGAAAGGGAUUGAAGGUCUUGUUGAAGCAAGACUAUUUGAGAUGAAUCAUACUUACAAAGGUGGACUCAUUGUUGAAGGAGUCGAGUUUCGUCCAAAAUGA